UUCUCUCUCUCUCUCUAUAUGGAAACACCUUGAGAGCUAAAAUCCAAAGCAAUUGAAAAUCACAAGACAAAGAGCAAAAACAUGUAGUGGCUUUGAUAAUUAUAUAUCCUUUCUUUCAAAUCUCAUAUUUUCUUUUCUCUUUUUUCUUUUUUCCCCUAUUAUAUAUCAUCACCAUCCAAAAUUUUCUUUUCCUCAGCAUCUCCUCUCUCUAAAUCUCUCAAAUUUUUUUUUUUAAAUUAAAAAAAGAAAUCCAUGCACCUAUAAUUAUUAUUUGAAUUGAAAAUGGGUCUCUUCAAUUCAAGUAUUUUGCUCUCGGAAAAUGAUGUAAACUCCAUGGAAUUCACUUUUCUUUUGAGAUAUGUCAACUCCAAAGAAGAUGAUCAAGAAGAAGAUGGACAAGAGGAGACAUUAAAUGGAGGAAGAAGCAACUCAGUUGAAGAUGAUGAUAAUGGGUUCAAAACUCCAACAUCUUUGGAGCAUAAAAUUCCCACAAGUCUUCAGUGUCCGAUGGCGCCGAGGAAACCAAAACCUCGACGGUUGACGAAGCGGAAGGCCGUGGAACGACACCGGUUGUUGCUGGAUCUGUCCUCUGAGAUUCAGUCUUUGUUUCCAGCUGAGUUUCUUGUAGGCCUUGGUGGUAAGAUCAAGAGGGUUAGACAAUAAAAGAAACUGAAAAAAACUUUGAUCCAUAACUUUUUACAUAAAAAGAUAUGUACUGUACUACCUAUUUUUCUUUUUCUUUUCUCUUGGGUUUUCUCAGUUCUUAAAAUUGAUAUUGUAGAAAUUAAUAUCUGUGCUUAGAUAAUGAUCUUACCUCCGGCUGACUCUCUUCUCCGGCAGCGGCGAGGUGCAACUUUGUUAGCUUAAAAUUAUCUGAAAUCUUUAACAUAAUAUCAUAACAAAAUUUAUGAAUGUC